GGAAAAUGUAUAAUUUACUAUUUCAAUAAGCAAUAUGAUGUUGUCUAAUAUAAAGUAUAAUCAAAAUAUGAUAAAUAUAUUCUUAAUCUUCCUUUGAUGAAAAUAUGGGUAAUUGCAUUCUAUGCUAUUAAACUUGUUCAAAAUUAUUAAAUCAUAAUUACUCAAAUGAAUACCGUGGUGCAUAAUGCAUAACUUUCGUACUAUCUUUGUAAUUUUUAUAGUAGCAUUUCCAAUAGGCAAAAUUACAGACAAAUAUAUAUAUAUAAUCCAUAUUACAAUAAAUAUAAGACUUGAUGCUUAUCUUUAACAAACCCGUUGUCUUAGGAUAUUUAGAAGUGAGCUUAUUCUUUAGACAUUCUUGUUUUGUUUUAUUCCCCAAAAGAUAUAUUAUAAAUAAGAAUUAGAUUUUAUGUAUAACUUUUUUCAAAUGUACAAAUAUAAUUAAUGAAUCCUUUUUUUUUUAUGUUAGCAAUCAUGCGAGCAACUAUCAUCAUUGUUUUGGCUUUAGCCACGGGGAUUGUUGUAGCCACAUCUAGAAAUCGUAAUUAUUCUCAUUUCGUAAAACAUCCUGCAAGACCGCGAGUAAUUCGAGGCUUUAAACCUGAAUACAUAUCUACGGCAUAUGGUUUUGGGAAGAGGCAAAGUAUUAUCGAUGUCCCAAAAAUUAAUAGGCAGGAACGAAUUUUAUCUACACUUUUACGUUAUUUUCCACAGAGAAUACCUGUAGAAUGGUUACUUCAACAGAUGAAGACAAACCCAAAUUUUGCUACGAAAUUAACACAAGUGUUAAUGGAUGAACGUACUAAUUUCAUUUCAAUGAUGGAUCGCUCUAAUCCAGAAAGAAUAACUUGGCUGUAUUAAAUCAUUCAUUGUAUGAUCAAAUAAUAUAUACAAUUUCUAGCUAUAACCUUUUAGUUUAAUAAAUCUGCGAUGUUCGAGAAAUUA